AUGAUUAAAGAGGAACUGGACGAUGUCCAAGAUCAACAGCCUAUAGUUGCUGUGGAGCCUGUGGGUUUAACAACACUUCCUUCUAGUGAAAGGAAUACUACAGUGGGAUCUGAUGAUGUCUUGGUUCGGGUGAUAGACGAGCUUACUAGAGGUGAAUCCAAUCUCCAAAUCCUCCCAGUUGUCGGAAUGGGAGGCAUUGGUAAGACAACUCUAACUCAAAAUGCUUUUGACCAUCCAUAUAUUGCCAAUAGCUUUGAUCUACGCAUUUGGUUUACAAUAUCUCAAGAGUAUAGAGUUAGAGAUAUUCUUCUGAAAUACUUUUUAAAUGAUGAGAAGAACAAAGAAGAUGAUAAAAAGGACAAAGAAGAUGAUGAAAAGAAACAAAAAUGUCCUACAGAUGCUGAAGAAAAGAAUGAAGAAAAAGGUAAAAGUCUAAAUGAAUUAGGAGCAGCUGAGUUAGGAGAAUGCAUGCACAAACAUUUAUUUGGUAGAAGGUAUUUGAUUGUUAUGGAUGAUGUGUGGAGUUUCAAAGCUUGGGAAGAUUUUAUGAAAUACCUUCCAAAUAAUGGGAAUGGAAGUCGAGUUUUGAUGACUACUAGACUGUUGGAUGUGGCUCGUCCUUUAUGCUUUGACAAUCAUUAUUUCACAAUGAAUUUUUUGGAUGACAAUAAAAGUUGGGAUUUAUUAUGUGAAAAAGUCUUUGGACCAAAAAGUCACCCACACCCAGAAUUGGAAGAAAUUGGAAGGAAAAUCGCAAAAGGUUGUCGUGGACUUCCUUUAUCAGUUGUUGUAAUUGGUGGGCUCCUUGCAAAAUCCAAUAAAACAAGAGAAUAUUGGGAAUAUGUUGCAAAGAAUGUGACCUCAUUUGUCAAUUUUGGAGAUGAUGAGUAUUGUUCAAAGAUAUUAUUUUUGAGUUACAACAAUUUACCUAUUCAUCUUAAACCAUGUUUCCUUUAUAUGAAAGUUUUUCCUGAAGAUCAUAGAAUUAAAGCCUCCAAGCUGAUAAAGUUAUGGAUUGGUGAGGGGUUUAUGAAACCAAUUGAAGGUAAAAGUUUGGAAGAAGUUGCAGAGGAAUAUCUGAAGGAUCUUACAGACAGGAAUCUUAUUUUGAUUCAUAAAAGAUCACGUCGAGGGAAUAUAAACACUUGUAGUGUUCAUGACAUUAUGAGAGAGCUAUGUAUUAGAGAAUCUAACAGAGAACGUCUUAUUCGUCUCCCUAAAGUACAACGCAUUGCUUUAUCAGAAAGGACGGAUGAUAGAUCAUGCUUCCUGUGUAGUCACCCAGGUAGACGACAUGGGAUAUUUCUCCAGGGAAUUGUUGUUCGCAUGCGACCAACAGUUGUCAGUCCAUCAUUGUGUAAUGAAUGUAACAAUAUGUAUCCCGAUCUUAACAGAUUUAGAUGGGUGAAGGUAUUCGAACGAGUUAAGUAUCAAUCAGUUGAAACAUUUCCGCAACCCACAACAUUGAGGUACCUUGAGUUUCAAGCACCUGAGGAUCCACUAAGGGUUGAUAAAUUUGCAUUUCCUCGUACAAUUUCUUUACUUUGGACUCUUCAGACUUUGCAUCUUUAUGUGGGUUAUACAAGCGCAGAUCCACUAUUACUUUUGCCAUCUGAAAUUUGGGAGAUGCCGCAACUUAGACAUCUCAAUGCUAGACAAUUUGUUUUGUGUGGUCCACUGGUUAGAAGUGUGGAGGGGAAAGAUUUGAAUAUCCUGAACAACCUAAGUACACUUUCUGUGGGAGGUUUUAAGUGUUCGGAGAAGGACGUUGUUGAAAGAAUUCCAAAUUUGAAGAAACUAAAUGUUAGUUAUUUGAGGUUCGGAAGGGAUGAUUCAUGCUAUUAUCUUAGAGAUCUUGCACAGCUAAAUAAACUUGAAUCACUUUACGAACUAUUUUGUCCCAGCUUGGAGCAAAUAAUCUUCCCAACUUCACUUAAGAAGUUGAGUUUGUCCAUGACCAGAAAUUUUCCUUGGGGACAAAUGACGAUAAUUGGUAGUUCGUUGCCCAAUCUUGAAGUGCUUAAAUUGUAUCGUGCCUUCCGUGGGUACGAGUGGAUUCCAGUUGAAGGGGCAUUUCUUCGGCUAAAAGUAUUGGUGAUUGGAUUAUGUUAUUUGGAACAGUGGGGAGCAGAGGAUAUUCAUUUUCCAAAUCUCCAGAGCCUGACUCUCACAAGCAUGAAUAGUUUGAAGGAGAUCCCUUUAAGUAUUGGAGAUAUAUGCACACUACAGUUCAUUCAUUUGGAUAGGUGCAGUAAGUCUGUCAUCAAGUCAGCAUACGAAAUACUGGAGGACCAAGAGGAGAAAGGAAACGAGAGUCUUCAGGUUUAUGUAGAUGGAAAACAAAUUCUUGUUCCCUUAUAG